CGUCUCCAAGCUCAUCCUCAGCCUCUGCUUCAUCACUCACACUCAUCUCCACCACCAAUCCCAUCCACCACCAACUUCAUUCAUAAUGGGUUACGAGAAGGGCGAUGCUAAGAAGGGUGCCAACCUCUUCAAGACCCGCUGCGCCCAGUGCCACACCCUGAAGGAGGGUGAGGGCAACAAGAUCGGCCCCAUGCUUCACGGCCUCUUCGGCCGCAAGACCGGCCAGGUCGACGGCUACUCGUACACCGACGCCAACAAGCAGAAGGGCAUUACCUGGGACGAGAACACACUCUUCGAGUACCUCGAGAACCCCAAGAAGUACAUUCCCGGCACCAAGAUGGCCUUCGGUGGUCUCAAGAAGCCCAAGGACCGCAACGACCUCAUCACCUUCCUCCAGGAGGAGACCAAAUAAGCGCUGCAUACCCUCGCGCUCUCCCUACCGACCGUCAUGACCUUCUCUAAUCCCUUUCGACCAAACCUUCUUCCGAUUGUACAACACCCACGAUAGACGUACGAUUGCGGCGAUGGCCGCGCGCUUCCGGCGCGCCCGCGCCCUGUGUAGAUUAUGUUUGGAAUACCAAUGGCGCUUUUCGAAUUCUGGUGCUGCAUGUUCGGUUUGGAAUUAGCGGCACAAUCGAAUCAAGAUCUUCUCCUCUUCAACUUGACUACCAGAACAUGACCAUGACCGUGAACCGUGCCGAGACCGUGAACCUCCAUAGUACAGCAGCAACAAGACAGGUACGAGCCUGCACGAGCACACGACGUGCGUGUCUGCAUCUGCCACCGUGUUCUUCCACGGCAUCGCGAUCCAGCGCCUCGCGCCUCCUUCCUCCCGUUUC